GAGAUUUUAUUUGCCUGUCCGCCAUGUUGGCAGUUGAGAUCGGUAUUCCUUAAAGCAGCCCUUUCAAAAAUUACAUGUUGAAACAUAGUCCAUCCAUCUAUUUUUAAUACGGUUUGUGCUUAUUAGGGUCAGCUUAAUCUGGGCGAGAGGCAAGGGGCACCCUGGACUGCUUGCCAGCCAAUCACAGUUAAGAUCAUAAAGAAAAGAUCAAUAUAGUGUGUGGUUGAAAUAAUUUUCUUUCCCAAAGUGUGCUUUGUGUCGUUUUUUAAGUUUCCUUAAACUUUAACUGCUGUCUGAAUAUGGAAAUUGUAGUCAAUUAUCAAUAAUUAUAAAAUAUUGAAUUGAAUUUGUGUUGUUAACCGAACUACCCACAUUCCAUUCCUUCAUAAAUAUGCAGCCCUUGGCGAGGUCCACCACUCGCUGCUACAAUAAAACAUGUACUACAUACAAUUACCACAGCGGGGCACUAGUGUAGUGAAAAAAACUUUUUCCCCAGGAUUUUUUAAUUGUUUUUAUUUUUACAAUUCUUUAGACGACUGACGUGAUUAAAAAAGAUUCAUAUUCAGGCAUAGACAUUUCAUAGGAUCGCAUUAUUUUUUUACACUAUCCAGUAUAUUCUCAGAGCCUAUGAAUCCUGUACCUUAAAAACUGGAAAGUUAUAAUUGUUUACUUGCCUCAUCUUGCAUGUAUUCUUUGCAGUAUGCUAUACAAAAUCCCGACUUCCUCCAGUUAGAGUGAAAAUACUUUUUGAUGUACAGGUUUGGCAUGUAAUGUUAAAUGGAUGGACUGUUCUAGUGACAUAGAAUAAUCUCAUAGUAUCCAGCAGAUUUGCAGCACUCUUCACAGUGAAACUCAAUAUGUAAAGAACAUUUUAGUGUCUAAAACUGUACCGUAUUUUAUGGCGUAUUAGAUUCAUACUAGUGAUGACAACAUGCUCUUUAUUGCAGUCAUAAAGACGCUGCGGUCACAAUGGUUUAUUAUUUCUAUCAGUAAAAACAACAGCAUUUUGUGAGAAGCAAGAUAGCUUUGUUUGCAUUUACCCUUUAUUGUGGCCAUAUGCACCUUCUUUCCGUGAGACCUAGUGCGCACUGCUGAAACCGCAAAAAGGAAGUAGGCGAGGCUUCAUUUGACAGACUGUGAUGCACAAUAUAUGUACGAACAUUCCAUUCUGUAAAUUGUUGGUCAAACGACAUCUUGCAGAGGUGCAAUGAACAAAAAGCUUAUGCAUUUUUCAUGAACUUUUUGCAAAUUAUACAAAUUUAUUUCCUUGGUUUUUCUCAAGAGCACAAGUGGAUUAACAAUUUUGGAAUCAAUAUUUCUUGGUUAACAAGCAAAUGUAAGAAAUAUUUUAUGCUACCUAGGAAACAGUAACUCUCAGAUGUUGCAUAUCCAUAUUUAACUUUGUUGCAAUGCCUGUUAUUGUACUCGAGGCUAGAGACUUUGCCAGUCCUCUUUUUUUGGUGAGGUCAUGGGAGGUGCUAUCCAGUUGUACUACAUUCAGUCUGGUGACCGCACUAGAAUCCUCAGAGCUGACCAAGAAUCUGCUGCAUCGUCAACACCUCCACACCAUCAGGAUCUUUUGCAUAUUUACCUGGUGCUUCUUCUUCACACUUACCCUGCUGAUCCACAUUCUCAGUACCAUCCAGUUUCACAGCCUCCUUCCGGUAUCAUGGAAAAACCUGACUGUGACUGUGGCAGCCUUGGGGUCACUGAUGUGUCUCAACGCCGCCAUAUUUUUUCUAUGGCUCAUCAUGGAACGCCAGCAGGCCUGGCCACGUCCUGUGGCAGCUGCCAUUACAUCCGGCUUCACUUUCCUCGCCUAUACCUCGGAAUGCUUCAUCCUGUGCUCCCAAGUCCAGGAGCAAAGAGGUUUUGUGGGCAGUAUACCUGGUCUUCUCAAGAUUGUCCAACUGUGGGGUGGUUUUCAGAUGAUUCCGCUCUUCGUGGAAGCAGACCACGGCCUGCCCAGUGGACUACAUCAUUGGCACCUGUGGGUGUCUGGAACGUCAUAUGGUGUCUGUAUCCUCAUGUCUGUUAUCACACUUUUAGUAAUAUUGGGUGACUUUGCAGGGCAAUGCCGUCUGCCUUUUGACAAAGUCAUGGUUGUCUUCACUAUUAUUGGACUGCUGCUAUACAUGGUAGCUACAGUGAUUUGUUUUAACAAGCUAAUACAGCUGAGAAAUAGUGCUAACAAAAGUUCAGAGCUGGUUAUAAUGGAGACAGUGGUUACUUGUAUCACACUUUUAUCUUAUACAGUGGACCUUACAUUCUCGAUUAAAAUAUUGUGUGACAGGAGUCACACAUGAAUUCACUCUUUA